CAAUGGCCAUGCGGGGUUCUUCCAAUUCCUCAGCUCUUACAACUUACUAUGGAGAACGAUAAAGACCCAACUAUUACUAUUUACCAGCAUUACUGUCCCCCAGGAGUGAAGCGAGUCCUUGCCUCGGGAAGCAGUGCAUUCAUCGGAGAGGUAGAUGACUCCACCGUCUUCAAAUAUCCUCUUGCCCCUGGCGGAGACAUGACCCGUCUCGAAGCAGAGAGGAACCUUCUUGAGAUUAUCGGGCGACAUGAGCGGAUCAUAAGGCUCAAGAACUCCUCAAAGACAGGACUCUACCUAGAACGCGCCCUGAACGGAAACGUAGCGGACUAUAUGCUCGAGUCGGGCAAACCGCUCCCUUCGCUCAAGCAGCGGCUGGCCUGGUGCCGAGAGGCUGCCGAGGCAGUCGCGUGGAUCCAUGCGCGACGCGUUCUUCACUGCGACAUCCAACCUACAAAUCUACUUCUCGAUGAGGGGCUUCACAUCAAGCUUUCCGACUUCCAGGGGAAACAACUGUCGGAGAACGGCGAGGUGCUCCUUGACGGCUGGAGCGGCGAACCUUGCAGGUUCUACUGUCCACGAGACGAUCCUUUCGAUGCGGACGUCAAAACGGACCUCUUUGCGCUAGGGUGCACUAUCUACUUCAUUAUGAUGGGUCAUGCUGUGUUCCCCGACAUUAUCGACGGCGAAGAUGGAUGGUAUGAGAAGGUGGGAGACAGAUUCGCGAACCGGCAGUUCCCCCAAGACCAACAUGUUUGCAGCGCAGUCACCUUAAAGUGCUGGCAGAAGGAAUAUGGAUCUGCUGAGGAAGUGGUUCGAGACAUCGAGUCUCUCGAAAGUGGGUGACCUGAGGAGCCCCAUUUCGAGACCCGGAGGCUAUUUUUAGAGCAGUUUCAAAGCUAAGCCAGAUCCAACCCUAAAAGGCUACAUGCCAGCAACUACAAGUCACGAAACGGGUCUAGGAUCAGCUCCCUUCAUUCUUGUUACCUAGUUCAUUGCAUGUUUCAUUAUCCGAUAUCAAUCAGGCGCAUGUGCGGCAGCAUAUGUUUAGACUUGGUAGUGCGAGCAGAAGUGCUAUGACGACAGAGUUUCCUUCGCCACACUCAUUUGAGGCGCAGGGUCCUUCCUUCUAAGGAAUAGCGUGU